GCAAGAGUCAGUCAGUUGUGGGAGAGAGGAGAGUGAGGUUGUGAGAGCUGGUGGUGGCGGGGUGUGCUGAUGUCAACUCGCUGAUCAGUCUUUGCCUGUUCUUUCAAUUGGAAGUAGUACAUUGCCGUCUCUUAGAACAGAAAAAUUCAAUGUAAUAAAACUGGACAAAUGUGGAGGCAGGCCUCUUUGCUGAGUUCGUUGAUCAUUGACACUAACAGGCUGAUUUUGUUAUAGUUGGUAUAAAACACUUUAAAUCUAAAUUAAAAUGUGCAAUCGUUGGCAAUAUUGGUGAUACAAAGCUAUGGUAUAUUGGAAAAAUAUUACCAAAGUUUUAACUUGUUAAUGUACCUUAAUUUAAGGCUUAAGUAAUUCGAUAGGCACUGGCCAAUCGGCAAAGAGGAAACUCCAUCCCUGUUAGAUUAAUAUUCUUAGAAGGGAGUGAAGUGAGGUCCAAGUAUUAAGCCAGAUCCAACUAGGGCAGCAAUACGUCACCAUGACCUGGACAGAAGAGACCGAUGAAUGGACAUCUCUUCUGAGACACCCCCGUAGUAAAGAAUCACGAUGGGGACCCCGCUACACUGUGGCCGUGAUGGGCUGCCUGGGCCUUGUAGUCGAGUAUUGCCAGCGUGUCAACCUCUCCGUUGCCAUAGUGGCUAUGGCAGGUACCCUUGGCUCCAACUACACCGAGGUGAUCGAGGAAUGUCCCAACAACGACAACACCACCACCACCACCGUCUCGCCUGUCUAUCGGGGCGAGUUCAACUGGGACAAGGAGAUCCAAGGGGUGGUACUGGGCGCAUUUUUCUGGGGCUACGCCACCACCAACAUCAUUGGAGGGCGCGCUAGUGAGUACCUUGGAGGGAAGAUGGUUUUCGGAAUGGGAAUUAUCACCUCGUCCUUCCUGUCUCUCAUCUCUCCCUUCUGCGCCCGGGCCUCCGUCGGGGUCUUCGUCGCCUGCAGGGUCUUGCUGGGAGCCGCGCAGGGUGUGACGUUUCCCGCCAUCAACACCAUGCUGGCUACCUGGGUCGUGCCUGUAGAGAGGAGCAAGUUCAGCACUAUUGUUUACUCGGGAUUCCAGCUGGGCUCUGUGGUGGGCAUGACGGCCAGCGGCUGGUUGGCAGCCUCCGACUUCCUGGGAGGAUGGCCUUCUGCUUUUUAUGUGUUCGGGGUGGCAGGUUUGGUGUGGGGCGUGGCGUGGUGCGCCUGCGUGUACGACCGCCCCGAGGACCACCCCAGGAUCCCAUACAGGGACCUUCGGAUGCUUCGCCAGCACCAGGAUUCCGUGAAGAGUGCCGAGGUCGUGGCAAUUCCAUGGAGAGCCAUCGUAACGUCGCUACCGUUCUGGGCGGUAAUGGCGGUAACCGCAGGGAACGACUACUGCUUCUACACCUUGCUGACCGGGAUGCCCACCUACCUGGGUGACGUUCAGCACAUUGACCUCGCCAACAACGGGUUGUUGUCUGCGCUGCCUUACCUGCUGAUGUGGGCGUGGGGCGUAGGCUGGGCUGUGCUGAUGGACGGGCUCGCCAAGGGCGGCCAUAUCUCCAUCGUCACCGUCAGGAGGCUCUCCAUGGCCGUAGCGCUAUAUGGUCCAAUGUGUGGCUUGGUGGGCAUGGUGUUCGUGCGGUGCAACCCGGUCCUGGCGGUGACAUUGUUGUGUGUCUCUGUGAUGUUGAGCGGGGCGGUGAACAGCGGCCACAUGUGUUCCCACCAGGACCUGGCUCCCAACCUGGCCGGCACGCUCCUGGGCACCACCAACACGCUUGGCGCAGUCGCCGGCAUCGCCAGCUCCACCAUCACCGGCAUCAUCCUCCAGGAAAACGCGGCGGUCUGGGGCUGGAGACAGGUGUUCCUCAUUAGUAUAGCCUUCUACCUGAUCUCCUGUACGCUCUACGUCGUCUUCAUCUCUGCAGACGUCCAACCCUGGAAUGAUGUCAACUUUGCAGGUCGGGAUGAAGAUGAGGACAGUGAGGGACCCAUAGAAACCCACUACCUGCCAGAUGAAGGGGAAGAAGACUGAGACCCACUACACAACCUUUCCACCAUGGGACCACAUUGUUGACCCACGUGUUAUUUUCACGCAUGUCAACUCGUCAAUGUGUAAACAAACGCCAAUGGAAUUAUUGACAAGAGAUUUUGUUAGUUUAGGCUUCUCUAAUUUAUUUCGUCGCCAAUAAAAUUAUUUAACAAGAGAUUUUGUUAGUUUAGGCUUCUAUAAUUUAUUUCUUCGCAUUAUUUACUGUAUUUUAUUUAUAAGAUGAAAUUUUCAUGAAUAAAUUGUUACACCUUUUUUUACAGUAAAAU